AAAUAUACAGAUAUAAACAAGUGUCAGAUGGCAGAGUGUCAAAAGUAGUUGAAGCGUAGUUGGUUGUGCUUAGUUUGCUUUGUUUGUGGAGUUGUAGUUUUAUAAACGUUUGCAGCAAUACGUAACAUCGCUUCAAGAUGGGGAAAGGAUUCAAUAAUUACAUGUGCAAGAAAUUCUUCCAUCCUGCGUCGCGUGAUAAUCUGAAGCGAGUAUGGAUGGCGGAGCAGCAAGCGGAUGCGUACAAAAAGAAGCAGGAGGAGCUCCGCGCUCAAUACGAGAAGGAGCAGGAUUUGUACGAGAACAAGGCUAUGCUGAGUAAGGAAAGCAAGGACAAGCUGAGCAUAAAUUUUAUGUACGAGCCUCCGCCUGGUGUGCGCAGGGAACGUGAGAAGGAAGACAAUGGGCCGGAAUACAAGUUCGAGUGGCAACGAAAAUACAACGCCCCGAGGGAAAGCUACUGCAAAGGCGACACAGAAAUUCGGGACCAACCGUUUGGAAUCCAAGUUCGCAACGUUCGUUGCAUUAAGUGCCACAAAUGGGGUCACAUCAACACCGACAAAGAGUGCACCAUGUACAGCAUUUCAAUGAGUGAAGCGCGGAAAAUACACUCUGAGGCGGAAGCGAACGUGAUCAUGUCAAAGGGAGUCCUCGAGGAGCAGCUGAAGGAAGACGGCUUGGCCAUGCGCAAGAGUGCAAUGACUCUGCAGAGUUUACAGUCAUCACACCAUCAACUGGUUCCAAGUGACGAAGAAGAAGAACGGCAGCCCGAGACGGAGUUUCUGAAGUCUCUUACGAAGGAGCAGAAGAAGAAGCUCCUGAAGAAAUUGGAGAAAUUAGAAAAGCAAAAGAAGAAAAACAAAAAGGAUAAAAAGAAGAAAAAGGAAAAAGAGCGGGACAGGGAUCGUGAAAAGCAUAGGCGCCAUUGAGUGUCUCUCGCCAACACAUAUUUCCAAGGAGCUUCUACUCCUAGAAGAGGCCCCUGCAAUGAAAUCGGUUAUCCACAUCCAAAAACCACUUCACCGUGGCCGUAACUGCCGCCUUUGUUUGUUCCAACCUCAUUAUUUUUUUAAGUAUUUGUAAAUGUAACGAAAUUAAUGGAGUUUUUUAGAAUCGUAUGGUGAAAAUAAAAAACUAGAAUCGA